UGGAGUACCCCCCCACCCACCCCCGGAUUGGGGUAAUAGUAGUGCCCCGGGUGCAUCCUGAUGUGAAGCUCGGAGGACCCCAUUGCCAUUUAGAGGGGGGGAAGGAGGUGGGAGGAUUUGGGAUUAUUUCUUACCUCCCAGAUGCGUUCGCUGCUGGACAGUAAGAAGAAGAGCGGCGCGGGGCUGGAUGUUGCUUUGGGGCUGGUUCCCCAGCAGCAGCCGCCCAGGAUGUUCGGCUGUGUGUCCUGCUUCUGGGUGCUGCUCUCCGCCUGCCUGGUGGCCGUCUGCAGCUUCGGCUUCCUCUCCCCGUCUUGGAUAGUGAAGCCCGGGGACGAGGAGCAGCAGGAGCCGGUGAGCUUCGGGCUCUUGUGGCACUGCUCCGACCGCCUGGAGCACAUGUCCGGCUGCUACAGCUUCGGGGGACUGGGCAGAUUCAACGACAUCCCCUCCAGCUCUUGGCAGACAAGCGCUGUGCUCUGCUGCGGAGGUUGCGCUCUCCUGGUUAUAAGCUGUCUGCUUGCCAUCGUGACCUUGUUUCUUCCCAGCGGCUUGUGUGAAAGACGGCUAUGUACGCUCGCAGGAUACAUGCAGACAGCAGCAGUGUUCAUCAUGGCAUCGGGACUCUUGGUCUAUCCCUUCGGCCUCAACUCAGCUGCUGUGAAAAAGUACUGUGAGAGCUCAAGUAUAUACUAUGCAGGAGACUGUCAGAUUGGAUGGGGCUACAUGCUUGCGAUUGUCGGGGUCAUGUUAUCUGUGUUUUUGCCAUUCUUUGCUAAAUAUGCACCAAAAGAACACAUAUCCCCAACCCCGAUUCCUACUAUUUUAUAGUAUUUUAUUUUUGCAAACAAAAAAAAAGUUCCUGUCUACAGAUGAUGGAUAGACAAAGGUAUUAGAGCACUUCUCUGCCGCUGUGCAGCUUAACAUAUAGAUCCAACUGAUGUCUUCCUGAAGCAUGACAAAAUAUUAGCUUGGGAUUUAAGUAUCAUUACUUUACACUGAUUUUCUUAGUUUUCCCACUGCUUCCAUCUGUCUUAUUGUAUGCUAUUCACUUUUAUGAUGGAUACCUCCCAAUACUUGUCCAAUGAUCACAAAUUCUGUGCUGGAAGCCAGAUAUCAGACGCCAUGUAACUAUAAUUUGCUGUAUUACACAUUAGAGACUGUCGAUAUUGCCCAUAACAACCAACACUGGAAACACAAAAUGCUAUGGGCAAUAGGGCCACUAUUUCAUAGAAACAUACAAGCAUGACAGCAGAAAUAAGGCCACAUGGAGCACCUAGUUGGCCUUUAGGGUGCUUUCCCUCCAGGUUUUUUUUUUUCCUGGAGGGAAUCAGUUUUUUACAUAAACUGGAUCCAUUCCUAAAAAGGUAUGCAAACUAAUGACCAUUUUUAUAAAGGUUAGUUUUUCCAUUUUUACCUAGAAAGACAACAAAUAUGUCAAAAAGGUGGAGUUUGGAUAUUGUGACUUGAGACUGGUUGAAUUUUUGUGGGCGUCAGGGGGAAGCUUUUGUUUACCGUGAAACGGAUGAAAAAAUAAAUAUUAUUGUAUAAAAUCUGUUUAAUGGAUCAUCCUAUUAUUUCCAAUUGAUUUUUGCUGGAUUGCGUCAGAAAACAGCACAUCAGUUUUUGUUUUGUUUGUUGGAUGGAAUAUCGCAGACAUCUGUGCUUUCCCAUACAGUUAAAAAAUGGACAGGAAUACAAAAUGAAAACAGACAAAAUGUAUGUACUCUAGACAUAAUUUUUUUCUAUAGAAGCAUAUGUAUCUGUUAAACAUAUCCAUUUUUCUAAUGUGUUCUAAUGUAAGUAAAAAUGGAUACAUUUAACAGAAAAAAAUUAAACUUGGUGUGAAAGAGGCCUUUAUAUUAUUUCUUUUUUCAUUUUUCUUAGGAUAGAUACAUGUGUUUAUAUCAGCCAGGAUUACAUUCACUUACUGAUUUUUGAACCACAUCUUCUGGAUGUUCAUUCUAUGCAUCUACUACUCUUUCAGUAAAAAUAAUACUUUGUUUCUGAUCUUCCCCCAACAAAGUUCAGGAUGUGCCCCUUGUUCUUUUGUUCAAUUUCCUAAUUAAAUACACUUCUCUCCUGUACCUUAUUUAACCCAUUGAAAUAUUGAACGUUCUUUUGAUCAUGUCGUCCCUUUCCCUUCUUUCCUCAGGGCUUUCCAUAAGACAGUCAUAAUAUGUAUAGAAGUUUCAUUGCAGUAGAAAUUGAAACAGAAAUCCUUUUAUUUUGUACAUAUUGCAUAUGCUAUUCCUAAGAAUGACUGUAAUAUAAAUCUCAAUGGUAUCUUUCUUGUAAGAAUGCAGUAUUGGUUAUUGACAUAGUAGUGGGAUAAUUGUUUGAGAAAUCUAUAACCUUUUUAUUAUAGAAUGAUCUUUGUGCAGGUUAUAACACCCUGGGAGCCAUAUUUUAUUAUUGAUUAUUGAUUUUUUUUUUUUUUUUUUUUAUUAAGUUGCUUAGUUUGGCUUCUGCAGCUUCUAUGUUUCACAGUACACAGCAGGCUGCAGAAUGCUGUUCCCAGUGAAAUCUGUCAGAAUGGCUUCCUGAUGGCUUGUUCUCCUCUCCUUUCUCUCAUGAACGAUCUUCUAAGUAGAUGUUUGAUCACAUAAAACGUGAAGAUGGCUUCAAAGGUGUCCAUAGCCUUUAAUUUGAAGUCAAGUAAUUCACUACUUUAAACUUCUGGGGCAGUGAUAAUGGCAUAUUUUAUACUAACCUUUCUUAGGCUGGGCUUACAUGGAUCAUGUGUCCAGCCAAUUGUUUUAUGACAGACACAACUGAUACAUGUGUAUGUGCACUUUAGUGCCCAGUUGCCAUCCAUAGCCUAAAUACGUUGGACAGAAAAACGCUACAUGUGAAGUUUUUCUCUCCACUGCUAGAAGGUGCUGAAUUCCGAGAAUGAUCCCAUAGCGUUUCUGUACCAUGCAGGAGGGAAACUGUAAUGGAUAGCCGGAUAUAUGUGAACCCUUACAGGGCUGUCUUCCUUAAUAGAACUGUCCACUUUAAACAAACCUUUAUUUUUAGAAGGUUCCCAGAAAAUAAUCUGAUCACAGGGUAUCUGCUAGGCUCCUCAGCCAUCAGCGGUAGUCUGUGGGGGAACCUGCAGCAUGUUAAUAAUUUGCCUACAGGGUAAAAUUAAGCACUAAACAGUUGUACUUGAAAUCAAUAGGCUGAACAUUUAAUACAUAGACAUAUACUUUUUACAGUUUUGGAAAAGUCAGAUUCUCACAUUUGCCAGCACUCAUCACAUCCUACCAGCACUUCAUCCCCACUCCCUUUCUUUGAUAUUGAAAGGGUAACUACACUUUACAAAAACUUUUUUUGAUUGGUGGGGUCCCAAAGAUUUUGCUUGUUGGGGUCCAAGUGCUGAGGCCCCUGCCAAUCUCUAAAACACGGAGUUACUGAGCGCUCAGCUCAGCGCUGUAUCAUCUGUUUGCCGAAGACAGAAAUUAAGACAGACUCAUUGGGAGAGAUUUAUCAAAACUGAAGUAAAGGAAAACCUGGCUAAUGCUACUUUCACACUCGCGUUUUGUGCGGAUCCGUCAUGGACGGAUCUGUUCAGAUAAUACAACCGU